AUAAAAAAAUGCAUCGAAAUUGGACUGCAAUGUGUUGAGACUGAUCGGCAGAGGAGACCUUCCAUAGAAGCAAUUAUCAACCAGCUCAAUGGACGGCAUUCUAAUUGAGCUAGGAUGUCGUACUGAUCUCCAAUCUCCAGGGAGAAUUAAGUUUGGGUCUUCUUCAGGAGACAUGUGCAAGAAGCAAAGGACAUGCUUGGCUGUUUGCCAAAGUUGAAAUAAGUUGAAAUAACUUCCAUUUCUUAUGAUGAUUGCUACUCCAUGUAUAUUUUCCUGGUAAUGGACUUCUUUAUAGUCCAGAUUUAAGUGCCACGUAAGAAUUUUAUUCUCCCUGUGGAGAUUUUAAGAUGCGCCAACUUUUUCUCAA